AUGCAUUGUACGGCUCGGUUAGUGGACAUGUUGAAUUCGUAUGCAAGUGAACUUCAAAACAGUGCUGAAAGUAAUGCCACUAAGGAUUUCCUCAUGGAGGAGAUCAAAGUUCUUGAGGAAGCCAAAUUCAUUGGUCUUCCGAAUUUCAUGCCAAGAACUGCUUUUUUGACUUUACUUCAGAAAAAAGUUAGGGGCAUUUCUUAUAUGCCAAUUAAUUUUGUUGAAAGUGUAUGGAAUUAUCUGGAAACUGUUGUAGUUUCGGUUUUGAAUCGUCAUUCUGCUAACUAUUAUCAGCUUCAGGUUUCAAUUCGUAGAGCUGCUGAGCACCUUAUCUCUAAGAAGAAAAAGAAUUCCAUUCAGCAUGUGCUUCAAGCUGUUGAGAUGGAGAAGCUUACAGACUACACGGGUAACCCUGAGUACUUGCAGGAGUAUAACAAGCUGAUGUCUCAUCGAGAAGUGUUUUUGAAAGAAGUAUUGAAUGUUGAUCGAGCUUCAAGUACUGUGAAGCUGGAAGGUGUUGGUGACAUUGAUGUUGUCCAUCUUAUGAAAUAUCCACAGAUGUUGAAUCAGGCUUAUGAUUUGAAGGAGAUAUGCAACGAACUGUUAUCCUCAACUAGUGGUGGUGUUAAGAGGCUGCUUGAGGAGUCUCCUUCAAUAUCAGGCAAGAGACAGAAGUUGAGCAGGAGUGUGACAGUUUUGAGAGAAAGCAAAGAGACCGUGGCCAACAUUAUGGACAGGAUUGGAAAUUAUGGAGAUAACUAG